GUCGGGACUGCUAGGCACAAAGGCCAUGGUAUGUUGGCCUGCCACUCGAGCAAGCGGGCCCUCAGGGGAGGACAGCGAGCCAGAUGUCAUGGAGAGGCGACGAAUCGCCGGAAAGGGAAAGGAGGGCUGA